AAUACUUGCUUUUUAUUUAUCUAUCUUACGUUUUAAUGGUUUUAAUUAAAUACUGUAUAGGUACUAGAUUGAUAAGAUCUAAGUCUAGGCGAUACACUCAUCAAAACGCUAUUUGUUCUGAUUAAAAAUGAAUAUAUGGUUUUUGUUGUUGGUGGCUCUAGUACAUUGCGGUCCUGAAGAAAACGAAGGCGUAAAAUAUGCAAGUAAAUGUGAAGCUUGUAAGAUUCUUGCUACUGAACUAGAAGCCCGUCUUUUUGAGACCGGACGAUCUCACGAUGUGUUGGAGCUCGGGUAUUCUGUAGAUGACGUUAAGCCAAAGAAACGUACCGAAUAUCGCAGAAGCGAACUCCGUUUAUUAGAAUCUUUGGAAAACGUAUGCGACCGUAUUUUGGAGUACAAUAUUCACAAAGAACGACAGGAUAGUACAAGAUUUGCGAAAGGCAUGUCUCAAACGUUCCAAACUUUACAUGGCUUGGUAGACAAAGGGGUUAAGGUAGAUCUUGGGAUCCCUUUUGAACUGUGGGAUAAGCCAUCUGCGGAAAUUACCCAAAUGAAAACUCAAUGUGAAACAAUGGUUGAAAACUUCGAGAAUAUCAUUGAGCAAUGGUAUUUUAACAAACAAAACCAAAUUCCGUUAAUAAAAUAUCUAUGCGAAAACGAGGUGUUAAAGGGUAAAAAUAGUAAAUGUUUAUAUGAAACUUUUAAAAAUACAAAAGUUGAUGAAGAUGUACAAGAUUAUAGGGGAAAAAACCAAGAGCUCUAAAAAU